UUGCCCUGUCCACACUGCUGGGUUCCUGCAGUCGGUGAGGAUCGUGGAUCCGGAUCAUCCGCGGCAGGCAGCAUCUCAGGCCUUGAUAGUGUUCCCUGGGGGGAAAGACUCCACCUUUGGAGGUUGCUGACGAGGUUCUCUCUUCUCGACUUCGUCCCCAAACCGGUUCAGCUUUCUCCUGAAAGGCGUGCCAGACUGCUUCGGGUUCGGCGUCUGAGUGAUCCAGCGGCUGCAUCUGGAAGCUAAAAAUCUGGCCGCCUCGGGGAAUGACGAGGGCGCUCACACAGCCCAGGGAGGUGGAGAGGGCGAGCCCCACGGCCAGUCGCCAGACACCCUCCUGGGCAACACCGAUAAGAAGCUGAACGCAGGAGCCGCCGUUACCUCUAGCAGCGCCAGGGCAGCACCGGUGGCCCCUUGUCAGCGGGAGCCCCGGGACCUGGCUAUGGAACCAGCAGACUGCCCCCGAGGACUGCUCCCACGGCCAUGCAGAGUGCUGGUGCUGCUGAACCCCCGGAGUGGCAAGGGCAAGGCUCUGCAGCUCUUCCAGAGCCGUGUGCAGCCCUUCCUGGAGGAGGCGGAGAUAUCCUUUAAGCUGAUACUCACCGAACGGAAGAACCAUGCCCGGGAGCUGGUGUGCGCAGAGGAGUUGGGUCGCUGGGACGCCCUGGCAGUCAUGUCCGGUGAUGGUCUGAUGCAUGAGGUGGUGAAUGGGCUAAUGGAACGGCCGGACUGGGAGACCGCCAUCCAGAAACCCCUGUGUAGCCUCCCUGGAGGCUCUGGCAAUGCGCUGGCAGCUUCCGUGAACCACUAUGCUGGGUACGAGCAGGUGACUAAUGAAGACCUGCUCAUCAACUGCACACUGCUGUUAUGCCGCCGGCGCCUGUCACCCAUGAACCUGUUGUCCCUGCACACUGCUUCUGGGCUGCGGCUCUAUUCUGUGCUCAGUCUGUCCUGGGGCUUUGUUGCCGACGUGGACCUCGAGAGUGAGAAGUACAGGCGCUUGGGGGAGAUUCGUUUCACGGUGGGCACCUUCUUUCGCCUAGCAAGCCUGCGCAUCUACCAAGGCCAACUGGCCUACCUUCCUGUAGGAACUGUGGCCUCUAAGAGACCCGCCUCUACACUGGUGCAGAAGGGCCCCGUCGACACACACCUUGUUCCUCUGGAGGAGCCAGUGCCUUCUCAUUGGACUGUGGUACCAGAACAGGACUUUGUCCUGGUGCUGGUGCUGCUACACACCCACCUGAGCUCCGAGCUGUUUGCAGCACCCAUGGGCCGCUGUGAGGCUGGUGUUAUGCAUCUGUUCUACGUACGUGCGGGGGUGUCAAGGGCUGUGCUGCUGCGCCUCUUCCUGGCCAUGCAGAAGGGCAAGCAUAUGGAACUUGACUGUCCAUACCUGGUUCACGUGCCCGUGGUUGCCUUCCGCCUGGAGCCCAGGAGCCAGAGGGGCGUGUUUUCUGUGGAUGGAGAGCUGAUGGUAUGUGAAGCUGUGCAGGGCCAAGUGCACCCAAACUACCUUUGGAUGGUCUGUGGCAGUCGAGAUGCCCCGUCUGGCCGGGACUCCCGGCGGAGGCCACCUCCAGAAGAUCCAUGACUCUGUGCCUUUCUGUCUACGCUGAGAUGGGACCCUCCCCCGCACCCAUCUCCUGGUAUGGGAGGUUAUUUCUAAAGUUCCUAUGGAGGUGGUGGGGACUCCUGAAGAGAAAGCUAGAAGGUGGGGCUAUGUCUUGGAAAGAAAGGCUCUACCUUCCAGUUAGAGAUCCCCAGUAGAGCCCUGCUGGCUGGACCAGCAUAUAGAAGACACUCCCCAUUGCUCUUGGGGACCUUCCCUGGGAACCAAAUUCAAAUAAAGAGACUUUUCCAA